GUAUUGAAAUUAAAUAUGCAAAUUAACACGUGGAACACAAAAUACAAGAUGCUGCUGCAUAUGCUACUGUCCUAUCUAAUAUUUGCGCCAUCCGCCAUCACAGCACGGCAAAUGAGACUAGAUGCCAAUACCGCAGCAAAUGCUAGUGCUGCUGCACUUUUAACGAAACUGCCAAGCAAUGCUGAAACUGAAACUAAAACCGUUGAAAAGACAAAAUCAGAUACAACUAAACGCGAUCAAUCAUUGAACCAUGCCGUCGUCAUAGACGCAGCAGGAACUGAACUCAGCUCAGCUGCUUCUUUGGGGAGGGAGAAAAUAGGUGAGAUUGGCGCAGACACGCAUAUGCUGACAACUUCAACACUGAAAUAUGAUAAGCCCACCCAAACAACAAAUGAUCAAUUAUAUACCGGCGUCAAGGAUAUAGAAGCUAUACAGGCUGAAAAUACAAUUGGCAAGAGCAACGCUCAAAUUCUAAGUCAGAGUCUGGAAUGUGACUCUGAAAUGUUGGGCUUCGAAAUAGUUACAGGCUAUGUUUUUUCUGCUCCCGACAAGCUGUUGGAUUCAAUGCCGGGUACUUUGAUGCUGACGGAUUGCUUGGAGGCUUGCGAAAAUAAUGAGACGUGUCAAUCGGCAAAUUACGAAACUGGACUUUGUGUGCUCUUCACAGCUAAUGCAGAUCAAUUACCAGGUGCUCUUACGAAGUCCCAAUUUCCUGUCUUCACUAUUUAUGCACAAAAGACAUGUCUUGGUAUACGUCCAUGCGCUCGUGCUUGGAGUGUUGAUCGUGUUCAAGGAUUUAAAUUGAAGGGACUGAAGAAGAAAUCCGAGGAAGUGGCUUCUAGACACGAUUGUGCAAGGUUAUGCUUGGAAGAAAAUGAAUUCACUUGCAGAUCUGCCAACUAUCACAUUGCGACUAAUACCUGUGAACUUUCUGAAAUGGAUCGUUUCACUUUGGCUGGUGCUAGCGCCUUUCUACCAGAAGAUGGUAUUGACUAUUUGGAAAACAGUUGUGCUGAAGAACCAAAUAAGUUGUGUGAAUUUAAACGUCUGAAGGGCAGAAUACUUAAAACGGUUGACUCAGUUUAUCAAGAUGUGGCCAGUAUAGAUGAGUGUAGAGAUUUGUGCUUAAAUUCCCCCUAUAGAUGUCAUUCAUAUGAUUAUGGUGAUACUGGUGAUAUGGUCUGCCGUUUAUCACAUCAUAAUCGCGCCACACUAACCGAUAUACAAAAUCCCUAUUUGGAUGUGCCUGAAGCUGCAACUUAUGAGUUAUCCUCCUGUUAUAACGUAACUGUUGAAUGUGGCUCUGGUGAUAUGAUUGCACGUAUACGCACCUCCAAAUUAUUCGAUGGUAAAAUCUACGCAAAAGGUUCACCAAAAUCGUGUGCUGUGGAUGUUAAAAAAUCGCUUGACUUUGAAAUACGUAUGGGCUACCAGGAUCUUGAAUGCAACGUUCGUCAAACAAGUUCAGGUCGUUAUAUCAACGAUGUAGUUAUACAACAUCAUGACACAAUUGUGACGUCAUCUGAUUUGGGAUUGGCAGUUACUUGUCAAUAUGAUAUGACCAAUAAAUCAGUAACGAAUGAAGUGGAUCUAGGCAUCAAGGGUGACAUUGAGCCCGCAUUGUCAGAAGAAGUCAUUGUCGAUUCACCGAAUGUGAUAAUGAAAAUCACUUCACGCGAUGGUUCUGAUAUUAUGCGUUCAGCUGAAGUCGGUGAUCCAUUAGCACUUAAAUUCGAAAUAGUUGACGAGCAAAGUCCUUAUGAAAUAUUUGUACGCGAAUUGGUUGCUAUGGAUGGUAGUGAUAAUGCAGAAAUUACUCUUAUUGAUUCAAGAGGUUGUCCAACAGAUCACUUCAUUAUGGGUCCUAUAUACAAAAGCACAUUCUCCGGCAAGGUAUUAUUGUCGCACUUCGAUGCAUUCAAAUUUCCGUCUUCGGAAGUUGUGCAAUUUCGGGCCUUGGUAACACCUUGUAUGCCAUCAUGUGAGCCAGUGCAGUGUGAACAAGAUGAUUUAACUGGAGAUUUAAAAUCGCUGGAUUCAUUUGGACGCAGAAGACGGCGGUCGUUAAGUUUAUCAGCUACUUAUAAUGAUAAUGUCAGCACCCGCCCUCGUCGUGACAUAACAAAGAAGCCCAAUUUAGAUGAUAUGCUUUUAGUCCAGUCUAUACAGAUUACGGACAAAUUUGGUUUUGAUAAGCAGCAGCAGGGCAAACCCAAAGGUUACGAUGUGAAUGAAACUGUCUAUGUUGCCAAUGAUCCAGAACACGCAUAUUGCGUUAAUGGCAUAGCUCUUAUCGUGGCUGGCACUGUGUUCCUGUUAGCUCAGCUAGUUGUCAUUGCCAUUUGGACCUACUUACACCAGAAACGCCGAAAACAGAUGCCCUAUGUCGUCAAUCAAGCCGGCAGCAGCGCUUCCGCCUUUGGUGCUUCUAGUACUUCUACCAGCACUACAAUAGCCGCAAAUGCACGCUCAGAGUCACUAUCUAAACUAUACGAGAGCAAUUUUGCAGCACGACAUGGACGUCAGUUUUAGGUGUACAACCAUCAGCAACUGAAUAACUACAGCAAAAUAAGAUCCACCUUUAAAAAUAAGUUAAGGCAUUUUUGAGGUUUAAAUUUUUAAUAGAUAUAAUCAGUGAAGUUUAUCAUUGAAGAUGAUGGACUUUAAGACGAGUAAUAAGAAUUUUUA